CAGGGCUGACAUGUGGAUAUCGUGAUGUGAAUCUUGGCCUUACUGCACCAAUUACUCGACCACACCGACAUAGUUAAGGUCUCGAUAGGGGGCGCAAGAAGACAACUUCCGCCAUGUCUCCACGGGUCGGUUUCACAAUGAGGCUGGUUGUUAUAGUGAUGGGGAUAGUUCAAAUUAGUGCAUGGGACCCAUGCCCCAUAGGAUGUCAGUGCAGCCAAUAUUAUAAAAAAGUCGAGUGCAAAUCCCCGGGAAUGCGAAAAGUUCCGAACGACAUACCCGACUACACAGAAAAGUUAGUUAUUGCGGAUGGGAACUUUUCAUCACUGAGGAGAGAGAAUUUUUCCCAUUUCUUAUUCCUAAGGAAUCUGAAGGAAUUAGAAUUGAAAAAUUGCAGCAUUGAUUUUAUCGAUCCCAACACGUUCGCUGAUCUACCGUAUCUUACAUCGCUUAAAUUACGUUAUAAUAAUUUAGUGAAUUUGAAUUUUCUGGAGUACGUCAAAACCUCGGAAUUAGCAUUGGAUUUUAAUCCCCUUCAUCAAAUAGAUUUUAGUGGAUUCCCAAAUAUGAAACAUGUUCUUACUUUACAUAUGAACGACGCUCAGUUAGUAAGUUUGAAUAAAAGCGAGCUUACCACACUUGUGAACGUAGAAAAACUCUACCUGUCUAAUAAUAAGAUCCAGAUUGCAGACGGAUCCAUGUUUAUGCAUAUGACUAAAUUAAGGACGCUUUCCUUGCACAAUAAUAGCAUUCAAAUGUUACCUGAUUCAUUCUUGGGUGUCUUCGAACGACUUGGGGAAAUCUUUUUAGACGUGAAUCCUUUACACUGCAAUUGUGAAAUGACAUGGUUUAAGGAUUUCUAUAAAGAAUCCCAAACUUGGGCAAAUGAGUUGGCGCCAAGUAAUCAAAGGAGGUUAAUUCAGGCCACAUGUUUUACACCAAUAUAUGGGCAUCUGAAUUCAAUAAAUAACGAAGUCAUAUUUAAAUGUCAACGCCCGCAUAUGGUACUAACGACUGAGCCACAAACUACUGGCGCUGGUGAGGACUUCACGUUGACGUGCAUAGCAGAAGGGGAUCCCCAGCCGAGAAUUAUAUGGACUGCUCCCGACAAGGAACAAAAGGUCAUAGAACCCUCUUCUAAUCGGACUCAGUUUCAUAACGUAGGAAUGUGGACUAUACACGACAUCCCCGAAGAAAAACGAGGCCACUUUACGUGUACUGCUGAAAAUAAAGCAGGAAAUGCGACGUCUAGAUUGUUUAUUGAUAUCGUUCAUAAAGGCCCUGUGUAUCACGGGGGAGAUAUAGCAGGAGCAAUAUUCGGUACCCUUAUUAUUACUAUCAUCAUUUGUGCCAUCUUGAUCUUCCUGUUUAUUAAAUACGGGCGGAUUAAGUUUACCCCCGGAAGGCCCGAGCGCGACCCGGAAAUGGUCGACCACCACACCCCUGCAUUCGGCGCUGUUACUCAUAAUGUUCAUAAGGGUAAUGAUACCAGGAAUAGAGUCAACAGGGACGAUAACGAAUAUAUUGACGAUGAACGGACUCCUUUACGACCGAAUGAGUUUGACUUAAGUCGUGAGAAUACCGACGAAACGAGUCACAUGCGCCCGCCAAUAAAUGCAGAUGACACAAAAAGCGAAGAUGAUAAUACACUACCUUUAAAAGUAAAACUAAGUGACGACGAAACAAGAUCAAAUAGUAUAGAUUCUCUUCCAGAAAAACCAAAGGAUAACUUAGAUAACGUAGCCGACAUUGAACUGCCUCCAAAAAAUAAAGAAAAUAGUCCCACGCGUGAUAGUGUCCGGGACAGUGGAACAUAUGAGACAGUUACCCCAUCCUAUACCCCUCCGCCGGCGAUGAAUUCCCCGGAGGAAGCUGAUGCACUGGACGAAACGGACGAUGAUACAAUAAACAAUAGUAUCCCGCCCAGUCCCCCAAGUAGCCAACCUAUAUCUCCUGUUGAAGAAAAUGCCAACAUCUUAAAACAUCGGGAGAACCCAACAUAUGAGACACCAGUUAGCAAUAAACACAAGGCAUUGGCCACUAGUACCCCUAAUCCACCGGAAAUCGAACAUUUAUGAUGUAAAUAAUCACUUUUUUACAAGGUGUACAUAUACUUUUAGCUUGUGUAUAUAAAUGAUAAAAGUAGCUUUAAGUAGGAUGAUUUAUGGAAUGUAGUAAAUAAAUAGGUCAGUAGACUGUACAGUGUACAUAGGUAAUAAGUGAAAAUGAAUAAGUUAUACGUGUAAGAUAUAAAUCCUUAGACACAUCAAGAAUAUGUUCAUUAAAAGACGUGUCAAUGAAUCUACAUUCGUCGAAAUACGUAAAUUGCACUGUUCCCCUAAAGCCCAGAACUUUAUUUUGAUUUGUUGAUAAAUCGAUGCAUGUAAUAAUGAAACAAAAUUUAUCCAAUAUGAUAUAAAAUAUAAACCAAUGCCGUAAAGUAAUUAUUCUUAUCACUACAUUAUUGUUCUUGCUGCUCCCAAUCAUUUGUUUAUCUGAUCACCCCUUUGAUUGGUUUUCAGCCAUUACAUAUUUAGGACCAACUUGGACUAGGACUUUACUAAAUCGGACUAUAUACUGUACAUGUAUUAAGCUGACAAUAUCUACGAUGACAUAGUUACGUAUUUGGACGGAAGUAGAUAUUUUGAUCCCGUCUCGUUAUUAGUAAUUAUCAUACGUCAGUUUUAACAUGCUUCUAAAAUUAUCGUUUUACGUCAUUCUGUCACGACUUCUUCACGUUAGCAAUGAAUAUUUAGAGUGAUAAAAUGGAGAUCAAAUUUGAUAUUGAUUGUA